AUGGCAGGUCCGGUGCGAGAAAGGGUAACGGCGGCUGAUAGACGCCAUUUUGAUUUCGUGCAAACUUUGCUGCGUAUUUCCGAUGAACUGACAGAAGAGGAAACGGCAAACGUGAAGUUGUUCUGCCUGCACCUGAUUCCGAAAGGCCAGGCUGCUCGACUCAGGCGGGCGGUGGACGUUUUCCACAAGCUGAGAGAACUGGGGAAAAUCGACCAGGAAAAUCUCGACUUUCUGGAAGAGCUGUUGGAAAGAAUGGGACGGCAGGACCUGAUUCGGGACGUUCUGAGACCAUUCCUGCCGCCUGACCGAGAGAUUCCGGAAAACCCCGAACUACAGCCGGAAACGCCCGAUCCACAGCCGGAAAACCCCGGACUUGAGCCGGAAAACCCCGAACUGCAGCCGGAAAACCUCGAACUGCAGCCAGGAAUUCCCGAUGUGGAGCCGGAAAACCCCGAACCACAAGCUGGAACAAGCCAAGAAGGAGCAAGCGUAGAAGAAAAUGCCAUGUCCAACAUCUACGUGGUCGUGGGAGGCCCAAUGCGCAUGAUCCAGGAAACCCUAAACCAUCUCAGAAACAGCAUAGCGAGAUUAAUUGGCACCAGAACGUCACAGGUCAAGUUCAGAGGUUACAAGAAACACAGGAGCAUCCUGGUGCACUUCUCCAUACCGCGGGAGAACACGGCGGUGCUGCGGCUCAUGGCGGAUCACUCCGACCCGAGACUUGUAUUCAUGGGCGUGGAGUCGCUGCAGAUCGACGCUGGAGUACCCGUCAAACUCCAACAGGAGGCGCUGUUGUACGAUGUCAAGAGGCAACUGCCCGUCGAUGACAUCGAGGUGGGCUGCAGUACCCGUAAGAAACAGCAGAGGGCGCCCCGGAGCUGGACGCGGCUGUGGGCCCUGAACCUGUUCUCGGACGCCCUGCCGCUCCAUCUGCAGGUGGCGGCGAGUCUGGAGUACCAGGGCUUCUCCUACAGCCUGGUCCGGGCUCUGGCCGAGAGGGACCGGCUCAGGGAACACCAGAUGAGGCGAGCCGUCCACAACCUCAGGAAGGCUGAAAUGGAGUCCAACGCGCUCCGGCAGAAGGCAGAGGUGGAUUCCAACACGCUCAUGACCUUACGCUCCAAGCUCAACAUCGCAGAGAACAGGCUCAAGGAGGCCCUGGAGACGAACGCAGUUCUUGACGAAAAGCUGCAGCAGGCUCAAGAGUACGCCGAGAAAGCCGCCAGGCAGGUGGCAACCCACGUGACGGAGUACAGGGGAGAGAAGCCGCCUGGCGGCUGGUCACAGGAGUACAGGGGAGAGAAGCCGCCUGGCGGCUGGUCACAGGAGUACAGGGGAGAGAAGCCGCCUGGCGGCUGGUCACAGGAGUACAGGGGAGAGAAGCCGCCUGGCGGCUGGCCGGCAGAGGUCGAGAAGGCAGAAGCAGCUACACAGACACGCCUAGCGGAUACUGAUGGUACUACAGGGAGACCCGAAGAUGGCGGUGACAAGGUUGGAGAAGAAUGGACAGUUCUAGAAGAAAAAGAAGAAGACGAGGAAGAAGAAGACAAAGGGCAAGACUCUGACAAGGGAAGGAAGGAUACAGAAGUAAGCGAACAAGAGCGCCCCCAAGCGGGGGUAGAGGGAGCGGCAACUCGCACUACUGGAGACGUGGAACAAUGCAAGGUCACUUUUGGCGGGAAAGGAUCAGAACCUGGUAAAUUUUCGGACCCACGCGGCGUUGUGGUGUCGCCUAGCAACGAGAUAUUCGUGGCUGAUACAGACAACAGGCGAGUCCAAGUCCACAGCAUGAAGGGGGGUUACCUCCGCCACUUCCCAACAGUCGUACCGGGUACAGAGGACAGGGACAUGGGGCCAUCUGAUAUUAGUAUGGACUCUAACGGCACACUGUGGGUAGUGGGGCGUGGAUGGGCAGCCGAUCAUGUUGUACAGUACAGCACGGACGGGACCGCCAUGGCGGGGUUUCAACUUCGGGAGAGCAUACUUUUACGCGGCAUUGCGGUGGACAUGCGCACUAACCACAUCCUGGUGACUGAUACAGUCCGUCAUGAAGUUGAGGUGUUCCGUCCGGACGGCUCUCUGGUGCGGAGGUUCGGACAGGGUGAGAUGAUAGGCCCGCAGUACAUCACUGUGGACGGGGAAGGGAACAUCCUUGUGUCGGACUGGCGCAAUGACACUGUCUACGUGUUUGACGAGUCCGGGAAGUUCCUGUUCAAGUUUGGAGGUGCGGGAAGUGGUGAAGGUCAGCUGAAGUAUCCCCGCGGCAUCUGUACAGACAGGGCAGGGAACAUCAUCGUGGCGGACCAUUGGAACGAGAGGGUUCAGAUAUUCACACGUCACGGCGAGUAUCUCCGCUCCUUCAGUACUGAGUCUAGGCCAUACGGCCAGGCUGUGGGACCGGAAGGGCAGCUGGUUGUGACCAGUUUGGAGAACCAAACCGUGACUGUAUUUGUCAACUACUAA